GCGGGGGGGUGGAACCGAGCGGCCCACGGGGCACAAACGGCCCCCGGCGCACCGGGACCCCCCCGGACCUCGCUCACGUCUCCGGGCAGCUCCCGGGCCCGGCUGUGGGCCUCGAGCCCCGGGACGCGGCUGCAAACCGGGGCCAGGCCCCGGGCCCGUUGAGCAGCAAAGCGCCGCCGAACGGGUAACGGUUCCCAAGAUGUCCCUCUGGAACAUCGUCUCCCACAUGCCGCCGGAGGAGUUCAGCAGCCUCUUCGCAGAGUUUCCCCGCAGCCUGCGCUGCCUCCUGGCCGACUGGCUGGAGAACCAGCCCUGGGAGUUCAUCAAUGGCUCCGACGCCUUCUGCACCAGCAUGGCCAGCGGGAUGCUCUCAGCCAUGCUGGAGAAGCUCCGCAGUGCCGCCGGCAGCGAUGGGCAGCAGUGUCAGAUCCUCCAGCAAGUCAGCAACAUUGAGAGCGCGUACCGGCGGGACCCGCUGCGGCUGGUGGCCGUCCUGAAGGCGAUCCUGGAGGGCGAGAAGGCUGCCGUGCUCAAGAGGGACCGCCACCUGCCCCUCAGCUUCCACCGGCGGCAGGAGGAGCUCAAGUUCAGCCUGGGCCUGCAGCGGCUGCAGCACCGCGUCCGCGAGGUCCAGGCGCUGCGGGAGCGCAGCUCGCAGCUGCGGGACGGCUCCGCAGCCUCUCUGCCACUGAACCCACAGCUGAAGACAGAACCGAAAGCCCCGGAGAGCGAGCUGCCCACCCUGAUCCUGGAGGCCACGAAAGAGCUGGAGGUGGCCAAGCAGCAGGUCCUGAAGAGGAUCCAGAUUUGGAAGAGGCAGCAGCAGCUGGCGGGGAACGGAGCGCUCUUCGAGGAGAACCUAGCACCGCUGCAGAAGAGGUGUGAGAGCCUGGUCGAGGUUUAUUUCCAGCUGCACCAGCAGGUGAUGGCAGCGAGCGCAGAUCUGGGGCCCGAGCUGCUGCCCCGGCUCCUGGAGCGCUUCAACGAGGUUUUAUCCAGCCUGGUCAAGAGCUCCUUCCUGGUGGAGAAACAGCCCCCGCAGGUGCUGAAGACCCAGACCAAGUUCCAGGCGAGCGUCCGGUUCCUGCUCGGCCCCCAGCUGCUGAAGGCGUCCACCAAGCCCUACAUGGUGCGGGCUGACAUGGUGACGGAGAAGCAGGCGCGGGAGCUGGCGCUCAGCGCCUAUGGCAACACCCUGAGCGAGAGCACGGGGGAGAUCAUGCACAACGUGGUGGCCCUGGAGACCAACCCCACCAGCGGGACCUGCUGCGCCAACUUCAAGAACGUGCUGCUGAAGAAGAUAAAGCGCUGCGAGCGGAAGGGGUCCGAGUCGGUGACCGAGGAGAAAUGCGCCGUCCUGUUCAGCACCACCGUGGCCCUGAGCCCCAGCAACCUCACUGUGCACCUCCAGGUCCUGUCUCUGCCCAUCGUGGUCAUCGUCCACGGGAACCAGGACAACAAUGCCAAAGCCACCGUGCUGUGGGACAACGCCUUCUCGGAGAUCGACCGCGUGCCCUUUGUGGUGGCCGAGCGGGUGCCGUGGGAGAAGAUGUGCGAUACUCUGAACCUGAAGUUCAUGGCAGAGGUGCAGACCACCAAGGGGCUUCUCAAGGAGCACUACUUCUUCCUGGCCCAGAAGAUCUUCAAUGACCACAGUGCCAGCCUGGAGGACUUCCAGAGCCGCAGUGUCUCCUGGGCCCAGUUCAACAAGGAGAUCCUGCCCGGCCGGGGAUUCACCUUCUGGCAGUGGUUUGACGGAGUCCUCGACCUCACCAAGAGAUGCCUCAAAAGUUACUGGUCAGACAGGCUCAUCAUCGGCUUCAUCAGCAAGCAGUACGUCUGCAAGCUCCUGAGCACAGAGCCUGACGGGACCUUCCUGCUCCGCUUCAGUGACUCGGAGAUCGGGGGCGUCACCAUUGCUCACGUCAUCCGGGGCAAGGACGGCUCCAGCCAGGUGGAGAACAUCCAGCCCUUCUCUGCCAAGGACCUGUCCAUCCGAUCCCUUGGCGACCGCAUCCGGGACCUGGGGCAGCUCCGCAACCUCUACCCCAACACCCCCAAGGACCAGGCGUUCGGCAGCCACUACAACAAAGAGCAGACGGGCAAGGAUGGCCGCGGCUACGUCUCCACUGCCAUCAAGAUGACGGUGGAAAGCGAGAGGGACCAGCAGCCCCAGAGCACUGCAGGGGGAGGCCCCGAGCCCCCCCAGGCUCAGAUGUUCAGCCUGCCCGUGCUGCAGCCCGAGCUGCGCCCCGAGAACCUGCAGUCGGUGCUCAGCCCCAUCUGCCCCCCUGCUCCCUUCUGCUCCCAGUCCAUGUCCAGCUACCCCGCGGGUGAGAGCAACGUGAACAUGAUGGUCCCCGAGGCCAUCGGGUCCUCCUUCCCCAGCACCUCACCGAUGCUCUCAUCGUCCCUGGUCAUGGACCCUGCGCUGCCCCGCUGCCAAGACCUUGCCUUCAGGAACCCUAUGAGCUUUAUGACCAACCAGUACAUGCCCGGGGAGGCCUCCCAGCUGCUGCCCGGAGGCCCCUCGCCGGAGCCGCGGGAUGAGGAGAUGCCCGAGCUGGCCCCGUUCACGCCGAUGGACGCGCCGCUGCAGAGCUCCCCAAGGUGGAUGGCACCCAGCAUGGACCUGCCGCCCGGCUCGGAGUUCGACCAGUUCCUACAGGAGAUGUCCCUGGAGAGCCCCGCGCUGUGCCCCCCCUUCACGCCCCCCCCUGCAGCGCAGCGGAUACCCCAGCCCCAACGCUUCGUGCUGGGGGCUGGGGGAGUCCCGGUGGGACGACAGCGUCCGGCCAGGGCACGCGUGAGGGGGCUGCGGGGGCCGUGGGACUGUGAGCCCCGACACAGCCUCGUCUGGGCUCCUGGACUUGACACCAUUUGCGCUGGGGUGGAAACUCUGGCAGGGGAGGGGAGGGAAUUUUGCGGGGGGGGGCAGCACUUUGGGUGACACCCUGCCCCCCCCCCCAACCUGUGUAUACGCUGCACUUUGGAGCACGGAGCCGCUGCCUGCCCUUGCCGCUGCCAGCGGGGGCCCCGACCCCCGUGGGGGUGCCCCCAGCCUCGCCGCCAGGCUCGGUGCCCCCAGCCCACGCUGCCGGGCUCAGCCCCCCGCAGAGGCCGGGAUGAGUCAGCUGCAGGGGCGAGAGAGGCGGCAGCGGGAACCGGGGGACUGAACGCGCCAGCCCGGCGCUCGGCAGGGCCUCCAGCAUCCCGAGGGAUGGGGGGGGACAGAGGGACCCCCCCCCCCCCGCACCAGCCCAGCUGGGGCCGCAAGCCCCUCGUCCACCCGGGACUGGCACCUGCUGUGGGGUUUGUGAGCUGCCCUGCGGCCCCCCCAGCCUGGAGGAGGGUCAAGGCAGGGAGAGGGGAGCCUGGGGGCGUGGGGGGCAGGAAGAUAAGCCAUAAAAUAAAGUUUUAUUCCAAAAUAACAAAAUAAAUAAUCUACUGUACACG